AUGCCUACCGGAGGAUGCUUCUGUGGAAAGGUGACGCUCGAAUACUCGGGCGAGCCGGCCAUGACGGCACUUUGCCAUUGCGCCGACUGCAGAAAGAUCAGUGGAGGGCUCUACAGCCAUAACAUCGUGGUGCCAUCCGAGAACUUCAAGACCACCGGCACCACCAAGGAAAUCACAAAGACCGCCGACAGUGGCAAGAGCAUCACCUCACAUUUCUGCCCGGACUGUGGUAUGGCCAAUGCAAACCCAAACGAGGGAUCCAUGGGGGCUAACAUGAGCAUCAAAGGCACGACACUCUACCGCUGGGGCGACAGCUUCGGCGGCAAGGACGGCAUGCGCAUCAUCAAGGCGGGCGUGAUGGACGAUGUGGAUGUCAUCAACAACACCAAGCCGGGAGCCGAGCUGUUCGCUCCCGAGAGGAUCAAGUGGGUUGGUGCCAUUGAUGGUGCUGGCCAGGUUGACACCGUGAGUACCGAACCGAACCCCCUGUGCAGGGGACGUGUCUCAAGGAGUUUCAGUGCUGACUUGUGGUAG